GUCUCUCCUCCUUCCAGCAAGCGCAAGUGGGCUAAGGACCCGAACAACACGGCCUGGUCCCGCAACACCGAUACCUUUGGCCAAAAGAUCCUGCGCUCUCAGGGCUGGGAGCCUGGUCAGUACCUGGGCGCUAGAGAAGCCGGGCACGCCGAGUUCUACGGUGCUGCGAGUGCCAGCCACAUCCGCGCUGUGCUCAAGGACGACAACCUGGGAUUGGGCGCGCGACGAAACCAUGGCGACGAGUGUACCGGCCUGGAUGCCCUUCAGGAGCUGCUCGGCCGGCUGAACGGAAAGAGCGAGGAUUUUCUAGGCGUCGAGAGGAAGAAGCGGGAAGAUGCUAGAGUGAACAGGUAUCUGGAGAGGAAGCUGGGGACCGUCAGGUUUGUGCCUGGCGGAUUUCUUGUCGGCGAUAAGGUGCAGGCUCUAGUGGACGAGCUAGAGAAGGAGAAGGAGGCUACUGCUUCGGCCGUCGAGGGCAGGAAGGAGAAAAAGAGCAAGAAAAGGAGAGCCGAGCAUGAGGACGGCACAAUAACAGACAAGAAGGAGAAGAAGUCUAAAAAGCGGAAGUCUGAGGACGAGGACGAGGAUGACUCGAAGUCCAAAAGAAGAGAAAAGAAGGAGAAGAAGCGGAAAGACAAGGAGGGUGGAUCCGGAUCUCAAAGCGAUGAGGAGACAGCCAAGCCAAAAGACGAAGACGCGGACGCCUCGAGCCGAAAGAAAUCCAAGAAGGACAAGAAGGAGAAGCGCAAGCGAACGAAGGAGAACGACGAUACAAUUCCAUCUGAAGGGUCAGACCUAAACACCAAGCAGAAGAAAAAGAAGAGAAAGGCAGAGAAAGAUGACGAGGCCGACUCGAGCAAACCUACACCACUUUCUACACAAGCAUCUACACCCACCGCCAGCGGCACAUCGACGCCAGUAUCCGAAGUACCACACCGACAUCUCGCCCGGAAGAGAUUCAUAGCCCAGAAGCGAGCUGCUGUGAUGGAUCCAGCAGCACUGAACCAGGUAUGA